ACUUUAAAGAUUAUCAGCGACGCCUACUCUUAUCAGCUUGAUGUUGUUUAUGAAGUCAACAAUAAUGUUAGCGACAAAAGAACUCUAGCCCUGUGGGCAGACAUGUAUGUCUUAGCUUCAAUGUUACUGACAAGAGAUUCUUUUGAGAACAUUGCUUUAGACAUUUUCUUUGGAAGUACAAUGGAUCAAGAAGGGAAUACAUUUCUGUAUUACAAUUAUUGGACGGAAGCUAUAUAAAACAAUUAUAAGGUGAUGAAAGGCACGUCUGUUCCCGAACGUGUGACGGUUCUUUUUCAGAUUAAAUACAAUACAUCUCUGACAAGUGACUCGCACCGAAGUAUUAGUUUGUCCAGGACUCUGACUUGCAGUUUUCUUACAUUUAAAAAUUCUAGUUUUACAGUAGAGUGGAACCAAAGAAAACGAUUGGAACAUGUCAUGCUGACCCUAGAUGUUGGUGGAAUCACGCUAAUUAUCUCCAACAUGUCAGAUAUAAAUAGCAUGGUACUGACCGAAAACAAUGAGCUUAACAUUUGUGCAGACAUCUUAGAUAAAUAUAUCAACAAGACCAGAUCACGUGGUACAAAUAGACCUAUGGAUGGAGUUUUAUACUUAUGUGCAUACAUUUUAACCUAUAUAUGUUUAAGUGCAUCAGAGUUGUGUCUCUUGAUAACUUUGAUUACGUACCUUGUUUUUGCUGAGUUGAGAACUGUUCCAGGUAUAAACAAUAUUUUCCUCACUUUGAGUCUUUUUCUUGCACAGUUGGCUUUGAUCAUGGCUUCAAAUGUGUAAGUAGUCUUGUGUUUAGCUGAUAAAUUCAAAUGUUCAUUUAUGUAAAAUAUUUAAUGUCCUUUUAGAUUGCAGAUACAAAGAGUUUUAGAACCUUAAUUUGUAUAAUUAUUUUUUCAUGUCAAAAUUUUACAAAGUGUAUCAUAUAUGUCAUUUUCAGACCAACACCCAGUGCUCUGUGUACAUAUAUUGGUAUUGUGACACACUUCUUGUGGCUGUGGCACUUUUCUUGGAGUUUUCUGUGUAGUCUUCAUAUGUUUAGAAUUUUUACUGCCAACAUUCCAAACGUAUCUUCAAGAACUGUCGCGCUCAGUAUACGUACACUAAAGUUGAUGGUGCUCACGAUGAUUGUAUCGGUCUCAAUAGUGAUUGUCGUCAUUAUCUCAUCAUACUUGACGUCACAGACUAUUGGUUACGGAAAGAAAACUUGCUAUCUGGACUCUGCAUUUCUUAUUGGUGUUUCAAUGGUUGCUCCAGCCUGCGUUGUUUCUUUAUGUAAUUUGGCAUUUCUGGUGACGACAAUUGUCAGUAUACACAGAGUCAGCUCACUCUUAACAUUUGAUUCUGUAAAAAAGGACCAAUACAAAAAUCUUAUCCUUUACAUCAAGCUGUCAUCUGUGACGAGUGUGUACUGGAUUGUAGCCGUACUAGCUGAGGCUGUAGAAAAUGACAUUUUGAGGUUUAUUUCCAUCUUACUGAAUGGACUUCAAGGUGUUUCGAUAUUCAUCUCUUACACUUGUAACAGGAGAGUCUACCAACUGUAUUUCCGUUCUUCAACGUCACAAAGUUCUUCUUGAUUUUUUUCUUUUAUAUAACGAUGUAGGCCUACUAAUAUUCAAAUGUCAAUAAUAAGACAAACACAUUUUUGUUACAUCUUAUCCUAUA